UUCAGUUGGUGCAACACGGGCCUAGAACGCGCUGCUCUUUCGCUCCACUCUCGACCAAAUAAAAUACCUUAUUUAUUUUUUAUUCGAGUGCCAUUGCCGCCAGUGAUCCUCGCGUAAAAUGAGAUAACAACUGCCGCAAAAUGCACACUUUGGGCCUAUUCAUUUUGAGCCUUUUGGGCCUGGUCGAGAGCUAUGGCCCUCAGCCGCUAGUGAGAAAUAUCAUUAAAGUGCGAGCCAGCGGCUUUAUGCCCUUCGAGUCGGAUUUACUGCUGCCACUGAAUAUCCUGCGCCAGUUGCAGACCCACGAUCGAGCAUCGCGAUAUAUUGGCCAGAGGCCAAAGCCCAUCGUCAGGCCAAAGGUCAAGCAACAAAUCCGCUUGGAGAGAGUGCCUCCUUUGAGGGAGGCCAAAGGAGUUCAGCUGUACAACUUGAUCGAUGACGAUGGUGAGCUGCUGCUGAAUCUCAAGGUUCACAACGAUCAGAAGCCGUUGGCACCGGCAAAUUAUCAAGAGGAGAAAUACCAAAGCAGAUACCAGAGCUACGAUUCACCGUGGAUGCCCUCGAAGUGGAGGCCCACCAGCGAGUUUCCACUGGGCGUGACCUCCUCGUCGCCACGCCCACUGCCCCUGCAUCAGUAUCUUGGCCAAAGCAAUAAUCGCAUCGAUCAAAAGACGGCGAAGAGCAGGCGGCAGGACAUGUGGCCACAUAAAUAAUAUGAUUUAUUUAAAAGAUUUAUUUUAUACUUAGCAUAACGCAUUAAAUUGUUUAUUUUUAAACAACACAGCACCCAGAGCACCAUCACAUUUAUGGACUUGAUGUUAAGCGUAAUCUCAAUGAUAUUCAUUUGAAAUUUUGGAAAAUAGUAAGGCUCCCAAAAUAUUUCAUAAAAUUAUACAUAUAACAAAGUAUAAAAUAUAUAUGGAAAUAUAGUUCUAAAAAUCUUCAAGGUAAUAACCAUUGAAAAUAGAAAAAUGAAGUUUAAUAAUAUCAAGUCCAUGUUUCAUUAAAUAAAACUUAAGCCCCAUCGUUCAAAAUAAUCCAUAAGAUACAAAGUGUACUACACAGAUACAUGAAAAUCCAUUGGACACAAAAACACGCUACAACAUAAUCCACCAGACACAAAAUACAUUUCUAAACAUACAAAUAAACGUUAAGAUACACAAAAUAA